AUGGAAUCGUUCAAUUUUACUCAUAUCGCGGGUAGCCUGACUCAAGAACCAAUCCUUAGCUAUGACGAUGAUCAGGGUUGUAGAUCAUUGAAAAAGCACGAAAAAACAAAACAAAAGAAGAAACCAUCAACAAGUUCAUUUCAAGAUCAGCAGAAAAUAAAAAACAGGCCAAGUCAAUUUAAAACAUCACGAGCACAAACCAAGCAAGGCGUCAUAACAAAUCGUGAGUUCAUCGGAAGACCCAAUUUAAAAACAACCAAAAAUAAUUGUCUUUCAACAGUAGAACUGAUGUCAGCCGAAUGUGAAAAUGCUUUGCAAAAAAAUACAUUGAAUUUUAUGGAAAUGACGUUCGACGAAAAAGACACUAUUCAAUCUCUACAUGAACUAGAGGCAACUGGUUCACAUGAAAAAGAGCAAAUAGAACAUGACAUGAAUAUCGUUAAUGAUCCUAAAGUUAUAGAGGCAACAAUUGGAUCAAAUGAAACAGAGAAAAAAAACUUGAUUUUGGAAGAAAAACUUGUUCAAGUUGGUAAACUAGUUAUUGAUGAUACUAUCGAUUUAUCAUCAUUGAAUGUGACUGAUAAUGAUAUACCACUGAUUAUUCGAACAAUUUUUCGCAAAGAUAAAAUAAAAUUUACUCGACUUAUUUUGCGCGACAAUGCUCUAACGUCGGUUGGAGUAAAAAUGCUCGUUGAUAGAUUACUCAUGGAACCGAUGAGCGUGAAAAAUCUAGGUCUUUCCAGUAAUCCAGAUAUAAGAGACGAUGGUAUUGCACAUUUAGUUGGUUUAUUACGAAGUAACCGAUCAAUAACUACUCUCGCUAUGCACAACACGGGCAUAACAGAUCAAGGCAUUGGCUUGUUAGCAGAUGUUCUUUGUGAUACCAAGACACGUCCUGCUCUCGAAAAACUUUAUAUUUCUUUUAACAAGUCGAUAACUGACAAUUCAUUGGAAUCUCUAACACAUAUACUCGAGCAAAACCAAACGUUGACAUUACUUUCUUUGCAACACUGCAGUUUAUCCGAUAGAGCACGGCAACGACUAAGACGAUUGAAUAAAAAAAAGAAUAAAAAGAAGUUCAAACUUUCAGAAUGA